AAGACCUCCUUCUUCUCCACCUCGGCGAGCGAGCAGAGCAGGGAAAGCGGGCGUGGUUGGAUCGGCGACGAGGAGCGAUGGGGGCGAUGGGGAAGCUGAGGGUCUUCGUGGUGCAGGAGCCGGUCGUCGCCGCCUCCUGCCUCAUCGCCGGCUUCGGUCUUUUUCUUCCAGCUGUUGUUAGGCCCAUACUGGAUUCAUUUGAGACUGCCAAACAAGCUCCCCCAACCAACUCUCAGUGAUAUUAUCGAACAUCAGUAUCUAUCUCAAUGCUUUUUAAUUCUCCUUGUGGGGCACCUAUAAAGAUGAGUGGAUUACUGAUGUCAGUGUCGAUACGUGGCAACCUUGGGUGAAUAGGCUGCUACUUUUGUCCGUUUGGAGCUUGAAUUGUUGAAUACUUUGUGCUUCUCCCAGCGUGGAAUGUUGAAAAAUGAAAACACACAUAGCCCUCGUGGCGAUUUGAUCAGUGUCUGAUGUCGCAGACCUUAAAGACGUUGAUCGUUGAGCUUACGCUGCGAUGACAUAUGCUCAAAAUUAAUCAGAUGGAAUGUUGAAAAAUGAAAACAUCCAUAGCCCUCGUGGCUAUUUGAUC